UGCUGUGUCACGCUGCUCUGCUCAGGCAGACAGCAACCCUGCGCGCCCAGGAGAUAGCGAUAGAAAAUGCCGCGUUAGAGGUUCAAAGAAAUUAGAGGGAGGAAGAGAGGACGAUGGGGAAUUAGAGGUUUGAGGGGAUUGAGCCGAGGACUAUCGAUGUUUCUCUUCUUCUCUCUUCUGAGUUAACGACGUUCUCUACCUGAAAUAACUGAAGUAUGCUAUCAGAGGCGAAUCAUUGGCGUGCGUCUCUCUACGAGCGGCUGUCCGUGUUCGAGCCAAAUUAACUACAAAACGGAAUAACGGUUUUUAUGCACCCGGACGAGACGUGAGUUAGUUACCAACAAUGUGGUGCAUCAAUUGCGCCUCGGACAAGACCCCUGCCAUUCUUCAUAAUAACAAGCUGAUAUACUGUGUGGAAGAGACUCCACGUGGAGACACAGGCAGUUUCUCCGACAGCACCUGUAGCCGGGGGCCCUACCUGAGCAGCUCUGAUCACCGCUACAGCAGUGGCCCCGGCCCACCGGACCCCCGAUCCCAACACCACCCCCAGGGCCCCCCGGUGGCCCCCCCCAGUCCUGCCUCCUUGGCCUGGGUCCAGAGGACCCGGUAUCAGCCUGCCAGCCUGGCGCUCCGAAAGCAGGAGGAGGAGGACAACAAGCGCUGCAAAGCCCUGUCCGACAGCUAUGAGCUCUCCACAGACCUACAGGACAAGAAGGUGGAGAUGCUGGAGAGGAAGUAUGGCGGUUACUUCCUGAGUCGGCGGGCGGCGCGCACCAUCCAGACGGCGUUCCGUCAGUACCGCAUGAACAAGAACUUUGAGCGGCUGAGAAGCUCCGCCUCCGAGAGCCGGAUGACUCGGCGCAUCAUCCUGUCCAACAUGAGACUACAGUACUCAUUUGACGAGCGGCAGGGCCAGCCCCAGGGACAGGGCCAGACCCAGGGACAGGGCCAGCCACAGGGACAGGGCCAGACCCAGGGACAGGGCCAGCCACAGGGACAGGGCCAGCCCCAGGGCCAGGGGGGACAGAGGUACCCCCACCCUGGAAGGGGGCAGCCUGGGGAUGGAGAGAUGGAGGCUGGGUCUCCUCCACUGUGCCAGGGGGACAUAGAGUACACACACCUGGAUGAGACCUUCUCCAAACAGGUGAAGUCCCUGGCUGACUCCAUCGAUGACGUCUUGACCUGUCAGUCUGGCGUGGAAGACUUUCAGGAGGAGGAGGAAGAGGAGGAGGAAGGUGACGGAGGCGAGACAGGGGUGGUGGCGGACGACUUUGGAGAGUGUGUUUGGAGACCGAGGGAGGGAGACAGACAGAGGGGCGGAGGAAGAGGAAGAGGAGGAGAGAGACAGAGCAUGCACGAGGACAGCAUAGCCACCUCCUACAGCGACGUGACCCUCUACAUUGAUGACCCCUCCUCGCCCCUGUCCCUGGACCGCGGCCCCAGCAGCACUGACACAGAAUACUGGAGCCCUGGAGUGGGUGGCGUUGGGGUGGGGGGGCGUGAAGACAGCCGGGACACAGAGGGAGGGGGCAGCAGUAACAGCCGACGCAGCACCCCCUGUACAGAGUGUAGAGACUACAGCCUGAGAGGAGCUCACCUGCCCCUGCUGACCAUCGAUCCCCCUAGCGACAGCUCUGUUGAAAUGAGUGACCGCUCGGAUAGAGGUUCGAUAGGUAGACUGGUCUACGAGACAGAGCCAGGGGGAGGUGGGGGAGAAGGGAGGUCGCCUCACGGCACCAUUAAACACAACCCCCACCCAAACCCCCACCCAAACCCCCACCCCAACCCCAACGGGCGCUCUGCCCCCACACACCCCCAGGCCCAAGGCCAGACUCGUACUGUGCUCCCUCACCGCCCCCACCCCUCGGCCAUACCCUCCCACCUGCCCUACCACACCAUCCUACACCACCACCAUCAGAUCCCGCACCACACCCAGCACCCCCACCACCCGUACCCCGACACUCCCUCUUCGUCCUCCCAGUCCCCGCAGGGACAACCCCUCACCCCUCUGUCUUCCUCCUCAUCCACCACACUGCCCCCUGGUGGCCUGGAGCAGGUAUGCUGUUCGGAUGGAGACAACGACUCUCUCAACUCCACCACCAACUCUAACGAUACCAUCAACUGCUCCUCCGGGUCCUCAUCACGCGACAGCCUCCGGGAGCCCCUCCCACCGCUCGGGAAACAGACCUAUCAGAGAGAGAGCAGACAAAGCUGGGAUAGCCCCGCCUUUAACAAUGACGUGGUGCAGAGACGACAGUACCGCAUCGGACUCAAUCUAUUCAACAAGAAGCCAGAGAAGGGUAUACAGUACCUGAUAGAGAGAGGCUUCGUAUCGGACACACCGGUAGGCAUCGCCCGCUUCAUCCUGGAGAGGAAAGGACUGAGCAGACAGAUGAUAGGAGAGUUCCUGGGCUGCAGACAGAAACAGUUCAACAAGGACGUACUGGAUUGUGUGGUAGAUGAGUUGGACUUCUCAGGGAUGGAUCUAGAUGAUGCCCUCAGGAAGUUCCAGGCUCAGAUUAAAGUCCAGGGGGAGGCCCAGAAGGUGGAGAGACUGAUCGAGGCUUUCAGUCAGCGGUACUGUGUGUGUAACCCGGUACUGAUCCGACAGUUCCAGAACCCUGACACCAUCUUCAUCCUGGCCUUCGCCAUCAUCCUCCUCAACACAGACAUGUACUCUCCCAACGUCAAGCCGGAGAAGAAGAUGAAGUUGGAGGAUUUCAUCAAAAACCUCAGAGGAGUGGAUAAUGGUCAGGACAUUCCCAGAGACCUGUUAGUAGGAAUCUACCAUCGGAUAGAGAAGUGGGAGCUACGCACCAACGAUGACCACGUGUCUCAAGUGCAGGCUGUGGAGAGGGUGGUCGUCGGCAAGAAGCCCGUGCUCUCGCUGCCACACCGCAGAUUGGUGUGUUGCUGUCAGCUUUACGAGGUGCCUGACCCUAACAGAAGCCAGAGGACUGGAGUCCACCAGAGAGAAGUCUUCCUCUUCAACGACCUGCUCGUGGUAACCAAGAUCUUCCAGAAGAAGAAGACCUCUGUGACAUACAGCUUCAGACAGUCCUUCCCCCUGGUUGAGAUGCAGGUCCACAUGUUCCAGAACCAGCACUAUCCCCACGGUAUCCGUCUGACGUCGGCCAAUCCUGGCGGGGAGAGGAAGGUUCUGAUUGUAUUAAAUGCUCCAAGUCAGCAGGACAGAACACGCUUCACCUCCGACCUGAGAGAGAGCAUCACUGAGGUGACGGAGAUGGAGAAAUACAGGGUGGAGUCGGAGUUGGAGAAGCAGAAAGGGGUGGUGAGACCUGUUGUGAGCGGGGCUGGCGGUGGUGGUCUGGGCAGUGGCUUGAAGGGCGAGGCGGUGAAUGGCACUCUGGGUAGACCCAGUCUGGAUGACAGCUAUGCUUCCGCAGACGGACUCAAACGUACCGCGCUCAGCUCAUCACUGAGAGACCUAUCAGACACAGGGAAGCGGGGCCGCCGAAACAGUGUUGGCUCCUUGGACAGCACAAUGGAAGGUUCCAUCAUUAGCAGUCCCAGGCCUCAUCAGCGCCCCCACAUGGCUGGAGGUGUAAUGCCACCCGGCAGCUAUGACAUCCAAGAUUACCGGCCUCACCGCCCCAUCCUGAGCCCCGGAAUGGGGGUGGGGGGUGGGCCGGGGCUAAAUCACAAUACCGCUACUGGGACGACGGCACUGGGUCCCAGCAGCGGAGACCGAGGGGGGACGGGAGCCCUGGGGAGCGGGUCUGGAGGGGGAGGGGGCAGUGGAGGCUCCUUCCUGGGUUCCCUGUUCGGGAGCAAGCGCGCCAGCACCAAGCCCCCUGGUCCUCUCCCCCCUCUCCUCCCACCUGGGCUGCCACACUACCCUGCACCUGUCCCCCCGCCCACCACUGGCGGCCCGCCCCCACACUCCCCCUCCUCCCUCACCCACUCCGACACAGGAGGACCCUCCAAAAUACAGGCCCUGCACGCCCAAUAUUGCUACAACAGUACCGCAGGGCAGCAGCCUCCUCCGCCCUACCACCACCACCACCGCUACCACGCCCAGGCAGGGCCCGCUCCCAGCCAGCCCUCCUCCACCGUCCAGGGGGCCCCUGGGCCUCAUAUCCUCCACAGGGGCCCCAUGGUAGGGGUCCCCAAGAGGCCGGACCCCGGUCCCGCUCCCUCCCACCCACAGCUCCAACAGCUGUCCCAGGUUCAGCUGGCCCAGCUGCAGCAGCAUGGUGUACAGUGUGUACAGGGCCCCGGUCCUGUUCCCUCCCAGGGUCACGGAGGGUGCUAUACCAACAUGGGGGUUACUAUGGGGGUAGGCUGCCCCACUCCACCCCUUUCACCUCACCCCCCCCGCUCGCCGGGGCCCGCACCCCUUACCCUCUACCACACAUACUCCACACACGGUCGGGGAAGAGGAGGAGGAGGCGCCAAGCUCCCUCUUACUCUCUCACACUCGCAACCCCACCCUCACGCCCACACCCACGCCCCUCAUCGUACCGCUCUUACCCACAACCACAGCCCCCAUCCCGGCCUGUCCCUCAGCCCCCACCCCGGCCUGUCCCUCAGCCCCCAUCCCGCUCAACACCCCAAGCACCAGACUCACUUCAUCUUCGCUGCCCCGCCGCCCCAGACCCCCGUCGCCCGGCACAUCCCCCAGGCCGCCGCCCACGGCCAAUACCACCCUCAAUACCCCCCGCUCUCCUCCAUACCACCCCCCCCUUCGCACUCCCCUUUACCCCCCCCUUCCUCCCCCAAUACCCCACUUACCCCUAUCUCCCCUUACGCCCACCCCCUCCAGCACCAGGGAGGGCAGCAGGGGUCUGGCGGGGGCAACAGCAGCACGGGGUCGGGCAGCACCACCAGCUCCAAGUCCAAGCCUAUCAACCGCAUCAGCACGGUGGUGUGAGUGUCAGGAGACGCAACAACCCUCCCAGACACCAGGGGGCACCGCUCGUCAGACUGAGGUCGACAGACCAGAACAACUACAGGUUUAAGAGUGGCCACGCCCAGAUCAUCCAAUAUGGCCGCCGGCGCUCUGGGAGAGGCAGGAGGCGGUACUUGCUCAGGCUGUGUUACUUCCACCUCCGGUUCCCUCACAGAUUCACAUUCAGGUAGAGAGGAAGACAUGAAUGUCAGCUGCAGGAUAAUAAACUUCUUAACUGUUAGACCGAGAGGAAAUUCCCCCUCUUUGGGCCGUCACAGGCAGGGCUACAUCAUCACGAGACCAUGAGCCUCAUGUCUUCUACACUGACACCCUGAAGAGGGAGAGGAUGACUAGUCAGCUGUUAGAAGAGAGAGGAAGACACUGACACACAGAAACUCCACAGACCGAUCUGCAUGAAGAUAUUCACAUACGGUACCGAGGUUGAUGAGGAUGUGAUGCUUCUGUGUCUCUGUGGGGGCCAUGUUCUGCAUGACUUCAUCAAUGACCUCAUGUUGCCAGAGGAGGAGAAUUAUGAUGACAAAGGGUGCCAAACCUGUUGAACCAGGAAGUGGACUGGAAAUGGAUUGGUGAAUCAGGAAGUGACAUGGCCAGUGUCUGCCUUCUUACAUCUUAAAAUCUCCAUGUUGUUGUUGUUGUGUAAUAAAACAGACAUGUGUACUUUCAGUCUGGUUUCAUAGACUAGACGUAAUAAAGUGAACGUAUAUAUCCGGGACA